UCUUUUGAAUUCUAGGUCAAAAUCCACUGCAUGCUUGGUUGAGAAAACGCCUACUGAUUCAUUUGAUUUCGAAAAUGGGUUUUCAAGUCAUCCAGGAGAGCUUAACAGCGUUUCGCAUACCAGAACAAAGUUUUGCAGACACAAACAUGGCAAAGUGCGAGCACCCCUUGCGAAGCGUGGUUUCUCACUCUCACGUUUUUUUCAACGAUCCUCCAAAACUUUCGAUUCUCCUCUCGAGGAUGAGAGAGAAGCCUUUGACGAGUCACACUCACCUUCACAACCACUAACGUUGGGGCAUAUCUACUCCUCAUCGUCGACCAACUUGAAAGAGAGCGAUUCGUGGACUUCUCUCCUAGACGAGCGAUCACGACAGGCUCCAACUCAACAGUCAUGCAAAAUUCCCUCCGCUAAUGAAAUCCGUACCGGCAAACCCAACACACUGCGAACAAAUUCUGAGCAGGUCUUCAAUAGGGAAAAUCCAACUGGUGCUCUCUCCACGGUUGAUUCAGUGUGCUUACAGAAGAGCUGCGCCAAUGCCUCAGCUGAUGAGGUGAAAAACAUCACAACAUCAGAGCCAGCAAUGCUGCGGAGAAGGCUGGCUCUCCGGAGGCGGCUCCUCUCCCGUUCGAGGCAACCUCUCGAUGAAUCUGCAGGCCACCAGCUACGGAAUCACGAGAUCAACAUCAAGAGUCAAGGCUUAGAGUUUGGAGGAUUUCAGGCCAGUCUUCUAGGUGGUCGGAGGCAUUCCUUUUACGUCAAGACGUUGGCAGGUGAGACGUAUAUCUUCGCUGCAGCAUCUCAGGAUGAACGCGAUUGUUGGCUCACCUGGUAUGCCUCGUAUCCUGAAGAAUGCAGUUGA